AUGACUCACGCACAAACUCUCGAGCUCAAAGAGCUGCGAGCCUCUAUGGCUCGGACAGUGGCUGAAAUACGCGCCAUGAAAUCUCAAGUGCACAACGCGACAAGUGCCGCGCCCGAAAUCGACCGAAUGCUUGAAGAAACUCAAAGAACCCCGUUCACUGCAAGAAUCACGGAGGCCAGGAUUCCCGAGCCGGGGAAGGUGAGAAUCCUGUUCUACGAAGGAACAACCGACCCGAAAGCACACAUCACCGCUUUUCGAAUAGCGAUGGGACAAGCCUUCACAAAGAAUGCCGCUAAACUCACCGAACGCGAAGUAGAUGCCGGAUACUGCCUGCUUUUCGUGGAGCAUCUCAAGGGAGCCGCGCUCGAAUGGUUUUCGAGGGAGGAACGCAAUUCUAUCGGCAGUUUUCAACAGCUCUCCGCUUUGUUCCUUAAACAAUACUCGAUGUUUAUGGACAGAGGAACAUCUGAUGCCGACCUGUGGACACUAUCCCAAGGACCGAAUGAACCGCUUCGGGAUUAUAUGGAACGAUUCAAGGCAGUCGUAUCUAAAAUAGAAGGGAUAAGCGACAAAUCUGCGCUCGAGGCUCUGAAACGAUCUUUGUGGUACAAAUCCGAGUUCCGCUGGGAGAUGGCUCUCAAUACGCCGCAAACAAUUCAAGACGCGUUGCACCGAUCAUCAGACUUCGUCGUAAACGAGGAGGAAAUGAAAAACUUGGACGAGCAGUACGAAGCCACGAAAGCAGCGAUCCAAAGCUCAAUUUUGCCGCGCCCCGCGAAGAAGGGCAAUCCUUCGAGCAAUGCAACAACGCAGAGUUUGGAUGAACCUAGGAGCGGAGGUGCCCAUAACUACCAGGUCAGCUCCGGACGCGGAAGAGGAGAGCCGCGCAACAACACUUGGGUGAGAAAGUCCGCCAACUACGACGAGAAGGCUUUCUGCGAGUAUCACCAGACCUAUGGACACUCAACGGCUCAAUGCCGAACUCUAGGAGCAAAGCUCGCAGCAAAAAUUGCAGCAGGAGAGCUCCAAAACGCGGUCAGCCUCAAAGACCUCGUCCCUAACGAACAACAAGAAAAAGCCGAGCCGAGCGGCGCGGCGGAACCAGCGAAUCCUCCCCGACGAGGCGAUAAUCCCAAGCGCGACAGGAGAGCCUAUCAGCGUCGAGCCGAAGCAAAGGAGAAUUGGACAGAGCCAACCGACAUCCCAAACACAGUGAUCUCUUUCGCCGAGGAGGAAAUGGCAGGAAUCGAUCGACCUCACAACGAUCCGUUGGUGAUUGAGCUAACGAUCAGGGAUCAUGAUGUAGCAAGGGUGCUCAUCGAUACUGGAAGCUCGGUGAAUGUCAUCUUCAGGGAAACACUCAGAAGAAUGGGAAUCGACCUCUCCGAGGUGGAAGCAAUACCCAAACCUCUAACCGGAUUUUCAGGAGACGACGAUGACUAUGGGAACGCUCAGACUUCCCGUGGUAGUUGGCGGAGUCACUAA